CGACAGACCCAGGUCCAGACGUCCAGAGGAGAGGGCGCCGAGCGAGGACAACCAGGACGCCAGGCCUACGUCGGUCAAAGAGAGGAUGGCCAUGUACGAAGCAGCCGUGUCCACCAAGGACAGCUCGUCCUCUGCUGUGGCGAUGGACGAGUCCGAGGCCCGCUCGCUGCCCGGCGGUCUGACCUCCGUCAAGAGACAGUUCGAGAGCCACGAGUUUUCCUCGUCCCAGUCCAGCGUCAGCCGGGUCCAGGUCCAGAGGAGAUCCGUCCAGGAGGUGUCGAGCUCCUCGGAGGUGACAGUAAGAAGCAGCUCUAGAGACGUCGGCUCCACCACAACCCACUCCCGACAAGAGGUGAUCCACGAUCAGAGAGCCCACCAGAACAGUUACGGGAGCCAUUCCAGUGAAACAGUUACGCUCGUCGGAGGGGAGGACCUUCUCAACGUUUCCACUCAGGCUUUGAAGCAGCAGCACGAAAAAACCAUCGAGGAAGCUGCACCGGCCAAAGAAAUUAAGGUCGAUGUGGAUCUCCUCCAGUUUCAGUGGGCUCCUGUCUACCAGCCUCCCAAAACGUCAGCUGUGACCAGCUACAGUGCAUCCUCCGCUGUGAGGACGGUUGCUGCUUCAUCAGUAGCUUCCUCCUCAUCUGUGGCGUUUGACGCUGCAGAACAUUUCCCUCCCCCACCCACAAACCUGCCACAGGUGACCUCUGAACACAGCACCUCCCUCCACUCGCAGGAGAAAGCUUCCCAACAGAAGUACGUGGUCAGUAAAGAGGAGUACUUCAAACACAAGAGCAUGGCGGAGUUGAAGCGCCUCUACAAGCACAUACACCCAGAAGUGCGCAAGAAUCUUGAGGAGGACUUCAUCAAUCAGCUCACAGAUGCAGAAAGAGCGGCCUUAGAAAGCAAGGAAACAGUGGGGGAUGUCCAGCAAACACGCUACAUGUUUGAAAAUGACGGCAGCAGCUCCAGCGGAUGCUCAAGUCCUGACAGAGAAUACCUAGAGUGGGAGGAGAUCCUCAAAGGUGAGGUGCAGUCAAUGCGCUGGAUGUUCGAAAACAAGCCCUUGGACGCGAUCAAAGAUGACUCUCCAGAUGAGAGCGAGGGGAAGAAUAUCUCCCAGCAGGAAAUCAUUGCUGGCAAGGAUGUCAGAUUCACUGCUUGGAUGUUUGAGACGCAGCCCAUGGAUGCUCUUGGGGGGGAAGCUGCAGAAACAACCGAGCAGUCUCAAAAACAGACUGAUCUCGCAAGAGGAGAUGUCCGCACUGCAACCUGGCUUUUUGAAACUCAGCCUCUGGACUGUCUGAACAAGUUCUAUCAAGAAGACGAGCAGGAGACAGGAUGUGUCGUCACCAGUCACAUCACUGGCGGAGAUGUGAAAACUGCUCGGUACCUCUUUGAGACGCAGCAUCUAGAUUCUCUGGGUAAAACAGAAACCAUUGAGGAGAGUCACUUCCUGAACCUGAAGUCUGAGCUGGAAGAGAUUAAGGGAGAUGUGAAGAUGACCACUCGUAUGUUUGAGACACAUCCGAUGUGUGUUAUUAGGGGGGAUUCAGGAGAAAUGCUUGAAAUCACCACCAUCCGCAGAGAGGAGACGGCGAAGGGCGACGUAAAGACGUCACGGUGGAUGUUUGAAACCCAGCCUCUGGACAUGAUCAAUAAAGAUCCUGCAAAAGUGAAACUGAUUUGUGGCAUUUCCAUGGAGGAUAACACUCAAGGUGGUGUGAACAAAGGUAGAUGGCUGUUUGAGACCAAAACACUCGACUCCAUCAAUGAUGAGGAAUGGGAGAGUUCCAGAAAACACAAAGAGGAAAUAAUUGGAGCCGAUGUGAAGAAACACUGUCUUGUUUUCGAGACUCAGCCUAUGGCUUUGCUGAAGGAUGAAACCAAUGCCCGACCUUUGCCCUCCGAGGAGAUCGUAGGAGGUGAUGUUCAAUCAGCCAAACAUCUAUUUGAAACAGUACCCAUGGAACAUCUGAAAGAGCUGCUCGAAGUGGGAAAACUUAAGAAAACAGUAGCAUUGGAAGAGGAAAAAGGGGAUGUUAGACAUCAGAAGUGGGUCUUUGAAAGCCAGCCUUUGGCGAGUAUAAGAGAUGAGAAGAAGGAGCUCACAAGAACGGUGAACAUUGAAGCCUUUGAUAAAGGAGAUGUCACAAACUACAAAGAAAGGUUUGAAACCAUGGAUUUAAGUAAAUGUGAAGGAACAAAGAAAAUCCAAGUCGAAGGUGUCCAAAGUGGGUCUGUUAGGUCCAACAAAGUGCUUUUUGAGAACACCCCGAUGUAUGCCAUGCAGGACAGCUCUGGCCAUUACCACGAGGUGAGGACCGUGAGGCGGGAAGAGAUAGUGAAAGGAGAUGUACAUAGCUGCCGGUGGAUGUUUGAAACGCGGCCCAUCGACGAGUUUGACGAAAGCAUCAAUAAGUUCCAGAUCAUUAAAGGUAUUUCCAAACAGGAGGUUGAGUCCGGGGACGUCAAAACCGCCAAGUGGCUGUUUGAAACUCAACCACUUGACGCCAUUAAGUUUUUCAGUAAUUUUGAAGAUGAAGAACAUAAAACCAAGGAAGAGAUUGAAAUAGAGAAAGGAGAUGUGAAAACCUGUAGGUGGCUAUUUGAGACCCAGCCCAUGGACGCUUUGUAUGAAAAGGUGGAAAAGAGUGAGUCAGACAUGGAGGAAGUGCAAAAAGGCGAUGUGAAAACGUGCACCUGGCUUUUUGAGACCCAAAUGCUUGAUAACAUACGUGAUCAUUCAGAGACGGAGACCAUCCUGAAAACCUGUACCGUGAAGCAAGGGGACAUUCAAGGCAAGGACGUGCAAAUGGCUCGCUUCCUGUUCGAAACUGAGAACCUGGAGAACAUCACGGGCGAGGACAGCGGUUCUUUUAGAAGAGUUACGGAGAUUGACAUCCACUCAGGUGACGUUUCUAGGAUGAAGUACAUCUUUGAGAACCGCUCCUCUGAUAUCAUGAGCUCCACGUCAGAGGAAACAAUGUCCAGGCUGAAGAAGCAGCAGGCCGAGGACAUCCAGAGGGGAAAUGUGGUCAACUGUACCUGGAUGUUUGAGAACCAGCCAAUCGAUGCCAUUAGCGAGGACAGUACAAAGACGAAGGAGGGUCGCACCGUGACUGAUGUUCAGGGGGGCGACGUCAACAAGGGCCGCUUCAUUUUUGAGACAUACUCUCUGGAUGAAAUCAAAGAGGAGUCCACUGAGACGGAUAUUUCAAAACUCACAAGCAUCUUUAGAGAAGACAAAGAAAAAGGAGAUGUGAAAAAUUACACCAUGAUGUUUGAAACUCAGCCGCUGUAUGCCAUCCGAGAUAAGGAGGGCCAUUAUCACGAGGUAACCACAGUUACUAAAGAAGAAAUCCUGAGAGGAGACGUGGUGGGGGCCCGGUGGUUGUUUGAGACAAAGCCUCUAGAUUCAAUCAGAGAUUCAGAGGAGGUUUAUGUUAUUAAAGCUGUGACCGAGGAAGGCGUUAACAAAGGAGAUGUUAGUUCUGCCAAGUGGAGGUUUGAAACACAACCUCUGGAUGAAAUAACCACAGACAUAAAAGUAAGGUUAAGAACAGUCGCAGACAUCCAAGGAGGUGACGUGAAGACCAACAAGCGUAGGUUUGAGGCCGAUGAGAUGUCUCAAAAGUACAUCAGAACUGUGAGUGUGAGCGAAAUUCAAAAAGGCGAUGUCAGAUCUGCCACGUGGAUGUUUGAAACUCGCACCAUUGAUGAGAUCCGCGGUGAAGGAGAGGAGUACGAUGACAUGGAGAGAGUGACUAAAGAAGAAGUGAUGAAAGGGGACGUCAAGCAGUCAGUGUGGCUCUUUGAAAGGCACCCCCUGGACAGAAUCAAAGAGUCUGACAGCACGCACACUGUCGUGACUAAAGAAGAAAUCCCACAGGCCGACGUCAAAACCACAACAUGGCUGUUUGAAACCACUCCGUUUCACGACUUCAACGAGAGCAGCUUGGAGAAGACAGAAAUAAUUGGGAAGAGUGUUAAAGAGACGCUCGAGGAACUCUACAGUCAGAAAAUGGUGGAUUCGCAGGGCAUCCUGAUCGAGGCGGAUGAAAUCGGUGACGUCCGCAUGGCAAAGUUUAAACUCAUGAACCAGCAUGCUCCACAAAUCCAAAAGGAGGAGAUCAUUAGAGGAGAUCUGAGCAACAUUAUGAUGAACCUCCUGAACCGUCGAGAGACCACCGAAAGAGUCAUAACCAUUGACAAGGAGGAGCGGGGUGACAUCAACACCACUGUGAAGCAGCUUUUCAACCAGGAGAGAGGCAUCAACCUGGAGAAAGAGGCAAUUAUCCGUGGAGACAUUCAAGAGGCUAUGAACAACCUACUGAAAAACGAAGGCUCCUCCAAGCGUGGGAUUUUGAUUCAAGAAGACGAGAAAGGAGAUGUGAAGAUGACAAUCUAUUCACUCUUGAACAAAGGGGAGAAGACCACCAUGGAGAAAGAGGACAUAAUUCAUGGGAACGUCAGCAAAACUCUUCAACGUCUUCUUUCUAACUCUGGAGAGGAGGACUCUAAAAAGAUCAGGGUUGGAGAAAUCGAAAGGGGCAACGUUAGUUUUUACUCAACCUGCAUUGAGUCUGGAGCCUUGGAAUACCUGAAGCAACUUCAGUCCGAGUCAGAAGAAGUCCAGGAGGAGGUGCAAAAGGAGCACAUUAUAGGCGGUGACAUUGAAGAGACAAAAAUGUUGCUUCGUAAGAACCAGCAGCAGAUUGGUCGUACGGUAGCCGAGGACGACAUUGUUCCUGGUGAUGUCUACAGCUUUGUUAAAGUGUUCAUGACUGAACCGGCUGUUACCUACAGGAACCUGGAGAAGGAUAUUGUUAAAGGGGACCUCAAUGCAGCUCUGGACUCCUUGACCCAAGCCAUCAAUCAGAAAGUGGUAAUAGAAAAAGAAGAGGUGGUGAAGGGAGACUUGUCAACGACCCUGAAGUCUCUCGAAGAAGCCAAGAAUCAAGCGAAAGAAACGGAAAAGCCUGAAAUCAUCAGAGGUGAUAUUAGAAGUGCACUUGAGUCGCUGGAGAAAUCUGCAUCUGCAAAAACAGAAGCGAGUGUUGAAGAUUUGGUGCCAGGUGACAUUAAAGAGACCCUGAAAAGUCUGGAGGAGGCAAAGCAAGCUGUGAAGGAGGUGGAGAAAGAGGAGAUUGUCAGGGGAGACAUUUACACUGCCAUGCAAAAUUUACACGAGGCGUCGAACGAGAAAAAGAUCUACCAGCACCAAGUGAGCGAGCAAGGGGACAUUAAAGCCACCAUUCAGCUUUUAAUGGAGCCAAACAGCUCUCCACGAAUGCAACGCAGAGGGAGUGUUGAAGGGGACGUGAAAACAUCCAUAAAAUCUCUUUACGAAGGCCAGGAGACAACGCACGUGGAAAAAGAAGAGGUCGUCAAAGGUGACGUUCAAGGGGCCAUAAAGUGCCUGAUGCAGAGAAAACAGUACUCAAACAAGAAACGUACGCAUCCUCCCAAGAAGGCAAAAGAGCCCAUGAAAAAUCCAUCGACUGUAAUGCAAGUGGAGCAUGAAAGCUUACAUGGAUCUGAGAGUGAGAAUGUAGCACUCACUGCAGCCCCCACUGUGAAAAACCUCUCGCAGAGCGGUGAGUCACAGAGGCACCAUGAAAGCAAAUCGCUGCAAAUGCAGGUAAUAACCCAAGAGGACCACUCUGUUGCUGUAGUCAAAACAGACGGUCCUGCUGGGGCCGCUCAUCAGAAGAGCAGAAAGGAGCAGAAAGACAAAGUGCUGCCCCCACAGAAAACCAAAGCUCCCGAGCCCACCGUGACGAAGAGCACGAUGAAGACUGUUAACAAUCAAACAAGCUCAAUGAAGACUAAAGAGGCCGUCGGUGUGAAUGUGAUGAAAGAAACAAAACAGAAAUUCGUCUCCAACAAACAAAUAGAGACCAAGUCGGUCCGACAGACGGUGGUGACUGAGAGGACCGCCGUGCAGCAGAGUGUCAGAAACCUGAAGGUCGAUCACCGGAGCUACAGAGGGAGGGGGGCCGUCCAAAGGGUCACACCGGAGAUUCACUUCCCACCUCCUCCCUCCUCACCACCUCCACCCUCUGAGUCUGACCUCUCUCUCCCCCCUCCACCUUCGCCCGUGAUGGAGAGCCCAGCGUCGCCUCAGAUCAUGAGGCAGGACAGUGACCUGCUGCCCCCGCCUCCCCCGCCGCCACCUCCCAUGGACUGCAUGACUCCUGAGUUUUUCCCCCCUCCACCCCCUCCGCCUCCUCCAUCCUCUGCAGGUGGACACGAUUUUCUCCCUCCACCUCCUUCGCAGCAGGAGCUUAACGCGAUGCCGCAGCUUCCUCCUGCAAAGCCUUUGGGAAAACCUUUAUUCAAAGUGGCCAAGCAACCAGAGCCGCACAAGCAGCCUGUGCAAGUGAAACCAACAUGGCAGAAAAAGCAACCAGCUCCAUCACUUCCUCCACCUCAGCUCCCUGCUGCUCAACAAAUGGAGGUAAUGGUUCACAAGGAGGAGGCCAAAGUUCAGGAGGUGAAGCAGGAGACGCAGCAGCAGACUGAAAGAAACAGUCAGAUUAAAGUGGCAGCGGCAGCGUCACCAACAAGGAUACCCACUAUCCCAGCUGUUAAACCGGAGCACAAACAAAGUCCACAGCCACCCAAAAAGGUGUUCUUACCCCCCAUCAAACUGCCCCCACCUCCAGACCCUGCUCCGGCCCCACAGUCCAGACCAUAUGCUCGCAAAUUUAAAACGCCCCUCAUGCUGGCAGAGGAAAAAUACCGUCAGCAAAAGGAGAGAGAGGAUGCUGAAAGAAGCGUCUCUACUCCAGCGUCACCGUCCAGUAAUCAGUCCACUACCAUCACAGCAGCAGAGAGCAACGUGGAGACAACAAAAGUCACAAUGCUGUCGCAAGACCCACCCGCUAAGAAAAGCCCUUCCCAGAUUCCUCUGAGCAAACCUUCAACCUCAGCACUGAAUAAAAAGCCCACCACUGCACCUUCAAAUGUCCCCUCAGACAAACAGCAAACACUUUCAACUGAAGGUUCUGUGUCCAAGUCCUGUCACGAGUCCUCCGAACAGGAGAUCCAGUCCUGUCCCAGCAUGGUCACCUGUUCAGUCACGGAGCAGCAGCAGCAUAUUCAGAGAUCCAGCAGCAGGUCUGCCGCCAUACAGAGUACCGCCCAGGAUCACGUCAACCUUCAAAGCCCGGCUGCAGUCACGCUGAAAGCCGAGGAUGUAAAGAAUAUUAAUGUGACUCUGACACCAGAGGGAAAAACGAGUCCCUCUCAGCCAACUAAAAUUCCAAAAGUACCUCCGAGCUUCAAAGUGAAAACUUUUAAAAUGCAGACAGAGAAGAAAGCAGAAAAGGCUGACGGUUUGGGGCUGAAGGAAAUGAAAAUUGAAGCUCAUUCACAACAAGAAAAAAUGUCAAAGAAAACCGAGUCAAACAGCCGGCACACUUCAGCAACAACUGAGAUGAAAGAGACUCAAAGGCAGGCGACGCCAACCAGGAAGGAGGCUGAAGUGGAGACGAAGGUUAGGAAGGGACAGCAAACAAACAUGGCUGAAGUCAAGCUGUGUCCACCAGGAGCUCAGAUCACUUCAGCGCUGACUCAUCAAGGACAAGACCUCGUGUCCCAAAGUCGGCAAAGCGUGACGUCAGAGCACCUUCAAAGACACGAGGAGGUUGUUGUGACUGAGAGGACGGUACAACAAACCCUUCAGAGGGAAGAGGCCGCUCAUGUGGAGCGACAGCAGCUGAAGCUGAACGCAGCAGAAACCAGCAAGACUCAGAAGAAGGCAAAAGUUGAGUCAAAGAACGUGUCGCUGAAAGGCCCAGCUAAAACAGCGCACAAAGAAGAAGCUCCGCCGGGAGAGAGCUCAGAUUUGGACAAAUACACGGAGUUGGAGAAGCUGGUGGCUCAGAUAAAAGAGCUGGAGGGCACGCCGAGCAGAAUAGAUGGCAGCACGGUCAGGAAGAUGGUGACCGACGUCCCCGACUGGGUCCUGGGCUCCACCGAGAGACAGAAUUUAGGACAACUGGCUUCACAGCAAAGCAAGAAAAAGUUGAAAGAGAUGCUCGCUUACGUGAAAAACGUUUUUCAAACCAAACUCACCGUUCUGAAGCAAAGCUUGACCACUGUGGAAGAGGAGGUGAAGGAGGAGCUGCCGGUGCUGCCCACAACCGAGAAGAAACCUUUCACGGCAGCAUCUGUGACAAUCUCAAAGGUCAGUGUCGCCUCGUCCAGAACAGAAAAGAAAGUGGUGGAAGAGACGAAGGUGCUCCGAGGAAGCACCAAGUGUCCUGCCCUGAGCGAAGGGACGGAUCAGAGGCUGUCCUCCCCAUUGGCAAGCAUUCGAACUCCGUCACCAACCUAUAUCACGAUUGAGUCAAGGAGGGUGGACUCCCCCCUGAGGGUGACUCCUUCUCCUCCGCCUUACAAGUCCGUCAGGACACCUCCGCCGCCUCCUCGCAAGUCCUUCACUCCUACUUUCAGCAGGGCUACGCCGUCUCCGACUCUCAGCCGCUCAGAGAAGCUGAUGAAGCUGAGGGACACCACCUCCAAGCUUUCCCGGGGAAUGACCCCCCCGCCUCCUGUGCUGGUGCCGGAGUACUGUGCUGCUGACAGGGAGCAGUCUUCUCCGUUCAGCGACAGGGAGACUCCUACUGAGAGGAGCGACCAUGGACUGAUGGAUGUCACAGAGAUGGUGGAUUCCAUGAUGACGGUUAAAGACAAGAAGAGUUUCUUCGAGGAGGCUCAGAAGGCCGAAGUGAACAAGAUGUACCAUCGAAAGGACCCCAUUGACAUCCCUGAACGUUUGGGGCCUGAUGCCGAGGAUGCCCCUGACACCAUGACCAUAGAACUCCUGAAAGAGGACCUUCCAAAAGUUGAUCUAACAAAACUCGUAAACAAAUUUGAGUCCCCUCAACCAACGGUGUACACAAGAAAGGACCCUAUUGUGAUUACAGAGAGGCUGGGUAGCGACACGGAGGAGGCAGAGGCCGAAGCUCACACAUCGAGAGCCGAAGAAAUCCCCAUGUUCAACGUCAAAGCCAUAAAGGAUGUGUUUGAGACCGGAGAGCAUGGUUCUCAAGCGGCCCGAGAACUCCGGGAGCAGAUAGAAAGACGAGAGUCUGAGUCGGCGUCUUCAGAUCCAGGGCACCACUCCCAGACCACUUCAGUCACGGAGCAGUUCUGCAGUGUCGACGACUUCGGGAACGUGACGCGAGAGCUGAGGAGUGAAAUGCAUUCUGGGAGCUCGCUGAUCCGGGGCAGCCCUCCAUCGUACGCCGACGUGGUGAGGGGUGCGAUCCCGACUCUCUCGGUGCCCCCCGAGGCCUCGACGGAGGAACUGCUGAGGAACUUCCAGCAGUCGUGGGUGGAGAGCCAGGGAGUUUUCCAGAACCUUGGCUUCAACGUGACGGAGCAGAGGACCUCCCAGACCGUGACCCACCAGGAGACCUUCGUGUCUGAGAAUUCGAGUUCCAGCGUCCGAGCUGUGCCGGGUGUGUCAGCGGAGGGUGUACCCCAUGGAGUCGCUGACCGCAGACAAACUCAACUUCCAUAAAAGCUGCUUCCGCUGCCAACACUGCAACGGCAAACUAAGCCUCGGUAACUACGCCUCUCUCCACGGACACGUCUACUGCACGCCACACUACACGCAACUGUUCAAGUCCAAAGGAAACUA